AUCAGGAGGUUCCUAAAGUAAGUUCUCCCUUCGCCUCAAGAGGGGAAUAGGAUGACCACACCUCCCAGCUUGGUCGAUUUCCUCUCCUCUCUGAUUCUGUCUCCCUCGGGGCGUAUAGCGGCCCCGACUAGCAGUUGGCACUGACCGGCGGUCCCUCAGCGACAUCGGUGUUUGAGGAGAAGAAUAGGGCGGGAUGUCCUUCCCGAGCCGAGCGUCCCACUUGAACUCAAGUAGUAGCAGAGAGGGGGAGACAGAGGAGAGCAGAGAAACAGAGAGAGGACAGGAUUAUCGGAGCAUGGGGCUGCUGGCGCUCAAGCGGGAGCUCAAGCGGAACCAUGGCCGUAGCCAAUCCAAUAAAGGAUCGGCUGCUUCAUUAUCUAAAAGAGACAUAUCACCUUUCCAACAGGAUGAUAAUUCACACACGGAAAAAAGAAAGGAUGAUAAUUCUCAUGGUGGAAAAAAGGCAAGAUUUAUUGGUCCAGACCUUCCAGAGGAAAUCUGGCAUCAUAUACAUUCACUAGUGCCAAUGCGGGACGCGGCCAGGGCUGCCUGUGUGUCUCGUUCCUUUCUGAACUCAUGGAAAUGCCAUCAGAAUCUCGCCUUCACCAAUGAAACAAUGUGCUCAGAAGAAACAUCAUUGAAGGGAACAACUGACCCGAAUUAUAGAAGAAAUAGAAGAGAGUAUAACAACAAUAUUGACCGUAUUAUGGCAAAUCAUAGAGACGUCGGUGUGAAGACAUUCGAGCUUGAAUUCUAUGGUCCUUACAAUACCAAAUUUUAUAAUCGUCUCAAUAAUUGGCUUCAGAUUGUUGUUACACCAGUGAUGGAAAAACUUACACUUACACUUCCAUCGGAGAAGGCAAAGUAUGAGUUCCCUUGUUCACUUUUAUCUGACAGAAGUGGAAACACGAUAAGGCAUCUCGACCUUGCUAAUUGUAUCUUGCAUCCAACAGUUAACCUUAAUUUGAGAUGCCUGGCAGUAUUGGAUUUGUAUGAAGUGCAUAUCACAGGGGGUGAGUUAGCGUGCCUUCUUUCUAAUUCAUUUUCUCUGGAAAAAUUGACACUCCUACAUUGUCAUGAUAUGAUUCGCCUCGAGGUGCCUUGCCUGCUGCAGCGGCUAAGCCAUCUCGAGGUGUUUGAAUGCCCGAGACUUCAAGUUAUAGAGAACAAAGCUCCAAAUAUCUCCAGCUUUGAGUAUACAGGUAAUGAAGUAGUACAACUCUCACUUGGAGAAUCAUUGCAAGUGAAGUACCUUAGGUUGGAUUAUAGAUGUGCCAUCAGUCAUGCUAUCGACAAGCUUCCAUCCAGUGUGCCUAAUCUUGAGACUCUCAUAAUAAUUUCUCCUCGUGAGGUACCACGUUCUUAUAUUUAGGUGAUACAUAUGCACGCAACAGUAGCUAUAUCUUGGAUUGUAAUUAAUCUGAGACAUUUUUAUGCAGAUAGUCAAUGCACCAAUGAUACCUAGCAAAUUUCUCCACCUCAAGACCUUGAGUAUUACUAUUCGUAGGUGGUGGAGCCUCAAUAUGGAAUAUGAUUUUUUAUCUUUGGU